AAGUGGGACGUCACUGGCAGCAGCGGAUGAAGAUGGAGCUGAGGGAAGAUGGAGCUGAGGGAAGAUGGAGCUGAGUGAAGAUGGAGCUGAGUGAAGAUGGAGCUGAGGGAAGAUGGAGAUGAGGGUUUUCAGGCUUCAGGCUCGUUACGAUGAUUUCUGACAGUUUCUUCUCUCUCUCGCUGCAUCAUGUGACCUCGGAGUCCAGUCACAUGGGACUGGAAGCUCGUAGCUAGCUGUUAGCAGUUAGCAGUUAGCUGUUAGCCUGGUCCUCCAUCCUCCCUGUUGCAGCUCAGGUGAUCAGCUGCAGCUGAGACAACAUGGUGAGACCUUAAUGUCCCAACUGCAGCGGUGUGUCCGGACAUCUACAGACAUGGCGUCGCAGCUCCAGGUGUUCUCCUCCCCCUCCGUGUCCUCCAGUGCCUACUCCCGUUCAAAGAGGCUCAAAGUGGAGAACCCUGCAUGGGAGGCGUCCAACCAGCUGGGAGACAAUGGUUUCUACCAGCAGAGCCCCACCCAGGGAGCUGCACCCUCCACCUCUGGCUCUAACUUCAACCCAGUGUUCAACCCCAACCAGGUCCCUCCGCCGCCCGCCGGCUCCCGGGAGCAGACGGUGGUGCGGGCAGCAGACAGCACGGGCAGCCUUCGAGGACCUCCCUCCUCCUCCUCGUCCUCCUCCUCCAGCCGUCGGGUCAAAGACGCAGAGUCCUCCUCCCAGCCGUCUGACCUCUACCCCAAGCAGUACAGCCUGAAGCGGAAGAGUGAGGAGGUGGACAGCAGCGACAGCGUCCAGAUACUGGAGGAGCUCUCCGCCCCCGUGGUCUCGAACCGCACCGGUGGUGGAGGAGGCACCACCACAGCUCAAUCCAUAGCACAUUCCACUUCUACCACGAAGAGCAGCAACUCCCACAGUGAGGGCGACUACCAGCUGGUGCAGCAUGAGAUCCUGUGCUCCAUGUCCAACAGCUACGAGGUGCUGGAGUUCCUGGGACGCGGCACCUUUGGCCAGGUGGCAAAAUGCUGGAAGAGGGGCACGAAUGAGAUAGUGGCCAUUAAAAUCUUGAAGAACCAUCCCUCUUAUGCUCGGCAAGGUCAAAUAGAAGUGAGCAUCCUCAGCAGGCUGAGCACAGAGAACGCUGACGAGUUCAACUUCGUCCGCUCGUACGAGUGUUUCCAGCACAAGAACCACACGUGCCUUGUGUUUGAGAUGCUGGAGCAGAACCUCUACGACUUCCUGAAGCACAGCAAGUUCAGCCCGCUGCUGCUCAAGUGCAUCCGGCCCAUCCUGCAGCAGGUCUCCACGGCGCUGAUGAAGCUGAAGAGCUUGGGGCUGAUCCAUGCCGACCUGAAGCCUGAAAACAUCAUGCUGGUGGAUCCUCUGAGGCAGCCCUACCGAGUGAAGGUCAUUGAUUUCGGCUCGGCCAGCCACGUGUCCAAAGCGCUUUGCUCCACCUACCUGCAGUCACGAUACUACAGAGCUCCGGAGAUCAUCCUGGGUCUUCCUUUCUGUGAAGCCAUCGACAUGUGGUCUUUGGGAUGCGUCAUUGCUGAGCUGUUUCUGGGAUGGCCCCUCUACCCUGGGGCCUCCGAGUACGACCAGAUUCGUUACAUCUCUCAGACCCAGGGGCUUCCAGCAGAGUACCUGCUGAGUGCAGGGACCAAGACCUGCCGCUUCUUCAACCGAGGCCCCGACUCCAGCUACCCCCUCUGGAGACUCAAAACACCUGCAGAGCAAGAGGCCGAGAUGGGGAUCAAGUCAAAGGAGGCGAGAAAAUACAUCUUCAACUGUCUGGAUGAUAUGAUGCAGGUGAAUAUGACCAACCUGGAGGGGACGGACGUCCUGGCAGAGAAGGCCGACAGGCGGGAGUUCAUCGACCUGCUGAAGAAGAUGCUGACGCUCGACGCAGACAAACGCAUCACGCCCAUGAAGACUCUGAACCACCCGUUUGUCACCAUGACCCACCUGCUGCACUUUCCUCACAGCUCCCAUGUGAAGUCCUGCUUCCAAAACAUGGACAUAUGCAAACGCAGAUGCAGCGCCUUUGAGAACGGGAAGAACCUGUUUGCCAGCAACAACCCCCCGAGUGCAGCCACCAACCUCACGGUCACCUUCAGCAGCCAAUUAAACCAGCACAAUCAGAUGUCCUCGACAGGAGGACAGUCCCUGUCCCUGAGCAGCAACGUCCCGCUGCUGAACUACCAGCCCGGCCUCUACCAGCAGGCCACCAUCAACAUCCCCGGCCUCACCCAGCAGGGCGUGCCGCUGCAGACCAGACCCACCCAGCUCUGCACCCAGACGGAGCCCUUCCAGCAAACACUCAUCGUGUGCCCCCCCACCAUCCAGGGUCUUCAAACUUCUAAUAAGCCCUCUGGUUAUCCAGUGAGGAUGGACAACUCGGUGCCAUUGGUUCCUCAGAACCAGUCGUCCCAGUCUCUUCACAUCCAGCCCGGCAUGCUGGCACAGCAGGGCUGGCCGGCCGGCACACAGCAGAUACUCAUCCCCUCCACCUGGCAAACGAUGGCGAUGGAAGCUCCCGUCUCUGACAGUCAGCAAGCGUCUGUCUGGAGGGGGCGUCAUGGAAGCCAGUACGAGGGCGUCGCCCAGCAGGACGCUGGCGUCGGCCGUCACGCUGCCUCCCAGAACCACAGCUCAGGGGCCGCUCACUCCAGAGCCCAACAGGGCAAGAGGUCCAGGGCGCGACACGCAGAGACCAGAGCCAGAUUGCACUCAGCCCACACUGUGGUCCACAACACGUCUGCCCUCGGCGGGGACCAGUCUCAGCCCAUCGUCAUCUCUGACACACCCAGUCCCGCCGUCAGCAUCAUCACCAUCCACAGCGACUCGGAGGAUGAGGGCGACAGGAAGUUCCCUGCGGCGUGCUCCGGAACGAGCCAGAGGCCCAACGUGAUCAGCUGCGUGACGGUGCACGACUCCCAUGACUCCGACUCCUCCACCAGCAGCCCCCUCAGCCCCAAGGCCUCCUCCCAGCCCGCCAAGGCCCUGGCAGUCACCCUGCCCUCUGUGAAGAGCCAGUCUGGAGAGAGCACAACCCACAAAGCUCCAGCUGCUCCAGAUCAAACUACAAGCAGUGUUGGAAAGUCCAAGAAGUCCUCGACUCUUCAGUCCAGUCGAUCAGGAGAUUCUAACACAGAGCGCAGUCAGAGGCAGUCGGCCUCCAGCAGGUCUCAGCCUCUCAACCUGAGUCAGGUUCAACAGUCUGUGAUGUCAUCAUCCGACGACCCAACAGGAAGCAGUAGUUCCCUGAGGCGGCCGCCCACCUACCCCCCUCCCGUCUCCUCCCACUCCUCCUACCGCCUCCAGGACAACGCCCUCUUCACCUCCACGCCCAACCUGUACGCGUACCCGGCGUCCGCCGCCCUGGCCUCCGUGUCCCAGGCGGUGGAUCAGAUGCACGGUGUCUCGUCUCGCCACAGCAGAGCGGGCGGGGCCUUCUCCUCUCUGGCGCUGCUGCAGAAGAGCGGCAGCCUGGUCCUGGGAGGUUCGGCUCCGGCACAGUACGCCAGCCACCACCAGCACCUCCUCCCUCAGCCGCCGCCUCCGCUGCCGCUCGGGGAGCAGCCGUUCCAACGCACCAGUGCUGCUUACCAACGGAAACUCAACCAGUACCCCUACCUGUAAAGACUGGGGGGG